CCCGCCCGUCGCUCUUGCUUUUGUUGGAAGAGGUUGGUGAAGUUUUGAUCAUCUAUCUCGAACCCAUCCGACAUCAAUCAUGGCUUCAUACCUGGGCUUGAGAGGAUCGCGUCUACGAACAGCAAUUGCUUUGGCAGCCGGACUCUGCUUUGUUGCCUUCGGAUAUGGUCAGAGUGAUUUUGGAGGCCUUCUCACAGUUUCGAGCUUCAGAGAGCGGUUUCCAGAGAUUGACACUUCUGGUAGACCCACCAGCAAUCAUGUCGCCGUUAUUCAAGGAGUGACGAACGCGACCUGGAACAUUGGGUGCUUUGCAAGUGCCAUCAUCGCUGUCUUCCUUGGUGACUAUCUUGGCCGUCGACAGAUGAUCAUGCUCGGCUUGGUACUUAUGGCAAUUGGCAAGGUCGUUCAGGCAUCAUCCUUCUCCUACGGUCAACUGGUGGCUGGAAGGUUCAUUGCUGGAUUCGGAAAUGGAUUCAACACUGCUGCCGUACCCGCGUGGCAAGCAGAAUCUACUCGUGCCCAUCGUCGUGGCACCAUGCUCAUGGUAUCAUCUGGAGCUUGCAUCGCAUUCGGCGUAGCCCUGGCCUACUGGAUCACCUUUGCUUUCGCAUGGCUUGCUCCCAGCUCGGCUUCAUGGAGAGUGGCUACCGCCUUCCAGAUCGUGCCGGCAAUGUUGGCCUUCAUCAUGAUUCUCUUCCUUCCGGAGUCUCCUCGUUGGCUCAUUCUCACUGGUCGCGAGGAAGGGGCGCUUACCGUUUUGUCAGCACUCUCGGACACAACUCCUGAGGAUGAAGAAGUCCGUCAAGAGUUUCUCCAGAUCAAGGAUGCCAUCCUGGAGAUGGCGCGCGGAGGCUUCUCUUCUGCCUUCUCGAUGAACGAGUACAGGUUCCUGCACCGUACUAUUCUUGCUUUCAUGCUUCAAGUCAUGCAGCAGUGGACUGGUAUCAACAUCUUUACUCAAUACCUGGCAUUGAUGUUCAACACACAAACAGGAUAUACACCAUGGGUAGCAAGAUUACUCGCAGGCUGCAGUGCCACAGAAUUGUUCCUGGCUUCGUUCGUUACGGUAAUUGGCAUCGAUCGCUUCUGGGGUAGACGAGCCCUGUCCAUGUUCGGUGCUGUUGGCAUGUCUAUCUCACUCAUCAUUCUCACGGUUAUGAGCUAUGUGGACAACAGCUCGACGCACAUCGUCAUGGUCGUGUUUAUCUUUGUCUACAAUACCUUCUUUGCCAUCGGCUGGCAAGGAAUGUCCUGGUUGUGGGCUGUCGAGUUGACGCCUCUAGCUAUUCGUGGACCUACCAACGCCUUGUCUACUGCCGGAAACUGGUUGAGUAACUUUAUUGUUGUGCUCAUCGCUCCUAUUGCUUUCCAUCAUAUUGGGUACAGGACAUACACCAUCUUUGCUGUUCUAAACGCUGCUAUCGUCCCAAUCAUCUAUCUAUUCUAUCCCGAGACUGGAUGUCGCUGCCUGGAGGAAGUAGAUGUCUUGUUCCAUCAAGCAUCCCAGACCUCAAGUCCAUGGUUGAGUGUAGUGAGGGUCGCGAACAAGGAGCCACUUUGGUACGGAAAAGGUGGCGAGAACACAUUCUCAUACGAGCAAAGCGAGUGGCAUCAACAUCUU